UUAGGCACACCAACUUCAAACUAUAACGAACAUGCGUCUGGUGUUCCCCAUUGGCUUUUUAUUAUUGGCCAGUCUGGCCAAUGUUUGGGGCUAUUCUUAUCUGAUAUUGGCACCCACGGCAUCCAAAUCGCACUACACUGUGAUGUCUUCAUUGGCCAAGGGAUUGGCAGCUGCAGGACAUGAAGUCACUUAUAUCUCACCAUUUUCACAGUCGAAGCCUGUUAAGAAUCUAACCGAAAUCACCACACCAAAUGUUAUUGAAGCAAUGAAAGUGAGUAAGUCGAAGAUUCUACAAAACACCAAAUUGUCUAUAUGGAAGCGUUAUCCUGUAAUUCUGGCAAUGGGCUUAAAAAUUACGAAUACAUUUCUGGAGGAGCCAAAAGUAAUGGCAUUCAUGAAGGAGAAACGAACAUUCGAUGCAGUCAUUGUUGAGGUGUUCAUGAACGAAGCACAUUUUGGGUUUGCCGAACUCUUUAACGCCUCGCUUAUCACUGUAAGUACUUUUGGAGCUUCCACAUGGACCACCGACUUAGUUGGCACACCAUCGCCACCUUCCUAUGUACCGCACUUGAUGACUGAGUUAAAGGAUCGCAUGUCAUUUUUGGAGCGUGCUAUAAAUUUGGCCUUCAUUUCAUUCGAAUUUGUCUAUCUGAAAUGGUUUAGCAUGCCUCGACAACAUUCUGUUUAUCACAAGCAUUUUCCAGACAACAAACUCGACUUUCACGAAAUGCAGAGAAACACGGCAUUGGUUCUUCUCAAUAGUCAUGUAUCGUUGAAUUUUCCACGUCCAUAUGCUCCAAAUAUGAUUGAGGUGGGCGGCAUGCACAUUAACUACAAAACCAAACAGCUUCCCAAGGAUAUUGAAGAAUUCAUUAACGGAGCAGAGCAUGGUGUCAUUUAUUUUUCACUGGGAUCCAACGUCAGGAGCAAGGAUUUGCCUUUAGAAAAACGGAAGGCCAUUGUAGAGACACUUAAAGGAUUGAAGCAACGCGUUUUAUGGAAAUUUGAAGAAUCAAAUUUUGCCGAAAAACCCAAUAAUGUUUUUAUCUCCGAUUGGUUUCCGCAAGAUGAUAUUCUUGCCCAUGAUAAGGUGAUAGCGUUCAUAACGCACGGCGGACUAUUGAGCACCACCGAAUCAAUUUAUCACGGCAAGCCGGUCAUUGGCAUACCUAUUUUUGGUGAUCAAUUUACGAAUAUGGCACGAGCGGUGCAAUCUGGUUACGGUGCUAGUGUCAAGUAUUCAGAUUUGACUUACGAACGGCUUCAUAAUGCCAUCAAGGCAGUAAUCACUGAUCCAAGCUAUACGGAAAAGGUUCGAGCCAUGUCAAGACGCUUCAGGGAUCAAAAGGAAACCCCAUUGCAGCGAGCCAUCUAUUGGAUAGAACAUGUCUCCAGAGAGAAAGGAGCUCAAUAUCUAAGAAGUGCAUGCCAGGAUCUUAAUUUUGUGCAGUAUCACAAUUUGGAUGUUUUCGCUCUGUUCUUUGGUAUUUUACUUUCAAUUUUAGUAGCACUCACCAUCUUAACAAAUAUUCUUGUCAGAUUUCUAAAGACAAAACUAGGGAACAGCAAGGUAAAACAUAAGAAAUUGUAAUAACAAAAUGCAAGGAGUCAUAUUAGAUAAAUAGUUGGAUGACAGUUUGUUCAUUAGCUGGACUUAAUAUAUGUAUAUUCCACCAUGGCCUCAAAAUAAUAAUCCGAAUUUGUAACACAUUUCACUUUGUAAUUAGAAUAAUUAAAGAUAUUUUUAAGACAAAAUUCCUGUACUAAGACUACAAAACAAAUCUGAGAAACAUCGUUAAUACAUCGCUA